UGAUGCAUGGUAGCCGUCUAAAUUUCUUUUGCUUCUAUAUUAUAGAGUAAUAUUUUGUAGUUCCUUACGCUGCAUGUCUAAUUAAAUGGAUGCACUUUCCUUUAAAAAACAAAAAACUCAGCCAGGAGUAUCUGUGAAACACACAAAAGAAGGAGCUGAAAUCUCUGCUUUCUGGUCUGCCCUUGGUGGUAAAGAAAAUUAUACCAGCAAGAAAGCACCUUUAGAGGUUAUUAUCCGUGAUCCCCAUAUGUUCACAUAUUCCAUCAAAAAAGGCAAAUUUGAGGUCAAGGAAGUGUACAACUUUUCUCAAGAUGAUCUGUUAACUGAGGAUGUCUUGAUACUGGACACACAUGCUGAAGUAUUUAUUUGGGUUGGUCAAUUGACUGACCUCACCGAGAAGCAAACUGCUUUUGAAGUUGGGCAGAAAUACAUAGAGAUGGCCUCAUCUUUGGAAGGGUUAUCUCCUAGUGUUCCAUUGUAUAAAGUCACAGAAGGAAAUGAACCAUGCUUCUUCACUGCAUUUUUUUCUUGGGAUCCCGCAAAGGCUAUUACACAUGGAAACUCAUUCCAGAAGAAGGUUAUGCUACUACUUGGCUCUGGCCAUGCUGCAGGGGAAAGGUCUGAACAUGAUGGGCCAACACAAAGGGCUUCAGCCUUAGCUGCUUUGAACUCUGCAUUUAGUUCAUCAUCAUCUUCUCCAUCUAAACCUUCUUCACCAAGACCAAUAGGGGUAGCUCAAGGAUCACAAAGGGCAGCUGCUAUAGCUGCUUUAUCUACCGUUCUUACAGCUGAAAAUAAGCAGAUAUCAAUCAAAAGUCCAUCAGCAGAAUCAAGUCCUACUGCUGGAACAGAAAAUGAAAACGUUUUGUGCUGACAUACAAGAUUCUGAAGUUAAGGAACCAGAUGCAGAUGAAUCUACUGUUGAGACUAAUGAAGAGGAUGAAGAGCAGGAGGAUGGCAAUGACAGUGAAAGUAAUCUACCCAUAUUCAGUUAUGAACAGCUGAAGGCCAAAUCUGAAAAUCCCAUCACGGAGAUCGACUUUAAACGAAGAGAAGCUUAUCUGUCCGAUGAAGAAUUUGAGGCAAUUCUUGAAAUGCCAAAGGAAGCCUUCUAUAAGUUGCCUAAAUGGAAACAGGAUCAGCUCAAGAAGAAAGUUGAUCUCUUCUAGGAACCAGAAUUUAAAGCCACUGGCUUUCACUUGCUCUAUCUGCACAUAUCACUGAGACAGUUCUCUUGCCAGAUUCCAAUCGCCUCCCCAUCCCGUCGAGUCCUAUAGAACCGGCUGGACAUUAUAGCUGUUGUAGGUCUCCCAAUGCUGGCCCAUGAUGAUAAGAAGAUUUUACUUGAAGCAGCAUUUGAAAAGUCUUUGGUUUGACUAGAUUAGCAGUAUGCGAUUAGCUUUAAUGUCCGAAAUACAAACUCCGCAUUAACCAGUCUUAGGCCCUGUCUGGCAUUGAACACCUUUUUUACUGGAAAUUACUCUCCCUGUUCUCGAUUUAUAUUAGAUAUUAUUACAUUGAAAUAAAAUUUUGAAUGUUUU